AUGAUCAUUUCUUUGGUACUGUCGGUGCGGCCCUGGUCUGUGAGAAUUAACAAUAACGCCUCGGCUGCGCCGGGCACCGAGUACGGCACACCGUUAUCCGGCCGAGCAGCGUGGAAGGGAACCCCGACCCCACCCUGGGCCUCCGCGGGCGCCAGCAAAGCCAGGCUGAAGCAAACCGCCGACAGCCACGCUCCACACUUCGGAGGCCGGCGAUCCGCCACGCACGACCCGGAAGUAGAUCUCCCGGCAGCGGAUGUACACUUCCAAACUGGACGCGAGUGUCGGUCAAACAUGGCGUCGGCCGUGCUGGCGCUGAGGACGCGAGCAGCUGGUCACUAUGUUCAUGCUGGCAAUAUCAUUGGGACUCAGCGCCAUUUCCGCUGGCACCCAGGUGCUCAUGUAGGGCUGGGGAAGAAGAAGUACCUGUAUGCCCUGGAAGAAGGGAUAGUCCGCUACACUAAAGAGGUGUAUGUGCCCAACCCCAAUGAUUUGGAGGCUGUGGAUAUGGUCACCAGGCUACCAAAGGGUGCUGUGCUCUACAAGACUUUUGUCCACGUGGUUCCUGCCAAACCUGAGGGCACCUUCAAACUGGUAGACAUGCUGUGAAGUUCUGGGGCCUUCGGACAGAGACUGGAGUCCCGGUGACAGGAGAGAGUAACAUGAGAAGUCCAAGGCCUCCAAGGAAGAGGUCUGCCAGAUGGUGGCUGUGGGGGACUCUGCAGUGCAGGGAAACCCUAGGAGGUCUGAAGCCAAAUAAAGCUGACUGGAGUCCCCAGUGUGCUUUGGGGACAAACCU